ACAAGAAGGACGCAGGAGUGGCGCUCGGGAGUGACGUCAUUUCGUGCAGCCAAGAUGGCUGACAGCAUCCCACUGAAUCCUAUGCGAAACAGUUCCAAGAAACACCCGUAUUACAACGCUGGCAGACCUCUCAGGUACCAGAUUGAAGACGAGGCCUCGAAUCUUGAUGAGAUGCCACUGAUGAUGUCUGAGGAGGCUUUUGAGAGUGAUGAGAGCGAUUACCACACGCUUCCCAGAGCCAGGAUCAGACAGAGGCGCCGUGGCCUGGGCUGGUUCCUCUGUGGGGGCUGGAAGGUGUUGUGUGGAAGCUGCUGCGAGUGUCUUGCUCACGUGUGCCGGAGGAAGAAAGAGCUGAAGGCUCGAACCGUCUGGCUAGGCCACCCCGAAAAGUGUGAGGAGAAGUACCCCAAAAACGCCAUCAAAAACCAGAAAUACAACAUCCUCACCUUCGUGCCAGGGGUUUUAUACCAGCAGUUCAAGUUUUUCCUCAACUUGUAUUUUUUGGUGGUGGCUUGCUCACAGUUUGUGCCAUCCCUGAAAAUCGGCUAUCUCUACACCUACUGGGCGCCGCUGGCUUUUGUGUUGGCCGUCACCAUGGUGAGAGAGGCCGUGGACGAGGUCCGCCGCUACAGGAGGGACAAAGAGAUGAAUUCUCAGAUGUACAGCAAGCUCACAGUCCGAGGUAAAGUCCAAGUGAAGAGCUCAGACAUACAAGUUGGAGACCUCAUCAUCAUUGAAAAGAAUCAGAGAGUUCCAGCUGAUAUGAUCUUUCUAAGAACUACAGAAAAGUCUGGAGCGUGCUUUAUCCGAACGGACCAGCUCGAUGGAGAAACAGACUGGAAACUGAAGGUCGCUGUUGCCUGCACGCAGAGGCUCUCUGCACUGGGGGAUUUGUUCUCCAUCAGUGCAUAUGUAUAUGCUCAGAAGCCUCAGCUGGACAUACACAGUUUUGAAGGGAAUUUUACUCGGGAGGACUGUGACCCUCCCAUCCAUGAGAGCCUGAGCAUUGAGAACACCCUUUGGGCCAGUACCGUGGUCGCAUCUGGUACUGUAAUAGGCGUUGUCAUUUACACUGGAAAGGAGAUGAGGAGUGUAUUGAACACAUCUCAGUCAAAGAACAAGGUGGGCCUGCUGGACCUGGAGUUAAAUCGUCUGACUAAGGCCCUGUUCCUGGCCCAGCUGGUGUUAUCUAUCGUCAUGGUGGCUCUGCAGGGUUUCAUCGGGCCCUGGUUCCGCAACCUGUUCCGCUUCGUAGUGCUCUUCUCCUACAUCAUCCCCAUCAGUCUGAGGGUGAAUCUGGACAUGGGGAAGUCGGCUUAUGGCUGGAUGAUAAUGAAGGAUGAGAAUAUCCCUGGCACUGUGGUGAGAACCAGCACUAUCCCUGAAGAGCUUGGCCGCCUCGUCUACCUGCUCACUGACAAGACAGGCACCCUCACUCAGAAUGAGAUGGUGUUUAAGCGACUCCAUCUUGGCACUGUGUCAUACGGGAUGGACACCAUGGACGAGAUCCAGAGCCAUAUUAUACAGUCAUACGCUCAGGUGAGCUCAGCUGUGUCUAAUGGCAACAGUGCCAGCUCUACGCCGUCCCGUAAGGCAACGCCAUCCGGGCCCAAGGUGCGUAAGAGUGUGAGCAGUCGCAUCAACGAGGCUGUGAAGGCCAUCGCCCUGUGCCACAAUGUCACACCCGUCUACGAGUCCCGUACUAACGGUGCCAGCGCUGAGCCCGAGGGCACGGAGGCUGACCAGGACUUCAGCGACGCCAACCGAACAUAUCAGGCCUCCAGCCCAGAUGAGGUGGCCCUGGUGCGUUGGACGGAGAGUGUGGGCCUGACCCUGGUGAACAGAGACCUGAGCUCACUACAGCUGAAGACUCCAGCAGGCCAGAUCCUGACUUUCUGCAUCCUUCAGGUCUUCCCCUUCACCUCCGAGAGCAAGCGCAUGGGCAUCAUCGUCCAGGAAGAGGCAACUGGGGAGAUCACGUUUUACAUGAAGGGGGCAGAUGUUGCCAUGGCCAGCAUUGUCCAGUACAAUGACUGGCUUGAGGAAGAGUGCGGAAACAUGGCCAGAGAGGGACUUCGGACAUUGGUGGUUGCUAAGAAGUCUCUGUCUGAGGAGCAGUACCAGGACUUUGAGAGUCGUUAUAACCAGGCGAAGCUGAGCCUGCAUGACCGUGCUCUGAAGGUUGCUGCGGUGGUUGAAAGUUUGGAGAGGGAGAUGGAGCUGCUGUGUGUGACCGGAGUAGAGGAUCAGCUGCAGGCCGACGUCAGACCUACGCUGGAGCUCCUCCGCAACGCCGGCAUCAAGAUCUGGAUGUUGACAGGAGACAAGCUAGAGACAGCUACGUGCAUAGCCAAAAGCUCUCAUCUGGUGUCCAGAAAUCAAGAUAUACACGUCUUCAGACCGGUGUCUAAUCGAGGUGAGGCCCACCUGGAGCUGAACGCUUUCAGGAGGAAACACGACUGUGCUCUGGUGAUCUCAGGAGACUCUCUGGAGGUGUGCUUGCGUUACUAUGAGCAUGAGUUUGUGGAGCUGGCGUGUCAGUGCCCGGCUGUGGUGUGCUGCCGCUGUUCUCCCACACAGAAGGCCCAGAUUGUCAGACUGCUCCAGCAGCACACAGCCAACAGAACCUGUGCUAUUGGUGAUGGAGGAAACGAUGUCAGUAUGAUCCAGGCUGCAGACUGUGGUAUCGGCAUUGAAGGAAAGGAGGGCAAGCAGGCGUCUCUGGCUGCAGAUUUCUCCAUAACACAGUUCAAACACAUCGGAAGGCUGCUGGUGGUGCACGGACGCAACAGCUACAAACGCUCCGCCGCCCUCGGCCAGUUUGUCAUGCACCGCGGCAUGAUCAUCUCAACCAUGCAGGCCGUGUUUUCCUCUAUUUUCUACUUUGCAUCUGUUCCUCUGUACCAGGGCUUCCUCAUGGUCGGUUAUGCUACAAUCUACACCAUGUUCCCAGUGUUCUCUCUGGUGCUGGAUCAGGAUGUGAAGCCAGAGAUGGCAUUGCUCUACCCCGAGCUUUAUAAAGACCUUACCAAGGGACGCUCCUUGUCAUUUAAAACCUUUCUUAUUUGGGUCUUGAUAAGUGUGUAUCAAGGGGGCAUCCUGAUGUAUGGUGCCCUAGUGCUAUUCGAUCAGGAGUUUGUACAUGUGGUGGCCAUCUCAUUCACGGCUCUGAUUCUUACCGAGCUGCUGAUGGUGGCUCUGACUGUACGAACCUGGCACUGGCUCAUGGUGGUGGCCGAGUUCUUCAGCCUCGCCUGCUACCUCGCCUCGCUCGCCUUUCUAAACGAGUACUUUGGCAUAGGUAGAGUGUCCUUAGGAGCCUUCCUGGAUCUAUCGUUCAUCACGACGGAGACGUUCUUGUGGAAGGUGUGUGUGAUCACGCUGGUCAGCUGCCUGCCUCUGUACAUCAUCAAGUACCUGAAGCGCAAGUUUUCGCCACCCAGUUACUCCAAGCUGUCCUCCUGAGCUGACCGACUCUCACACAGGCACAGCGUCAAAGCACACACAAAUAUAGCAGCUUAAUAGACACAAUAGCAGGCAUAGUGGCUGUAGCUGUCCAGGUUUGGAGAUCUGUUAGAGCUUUAUGAAGCUGGUGUGUCUGGUUUAAGUGUCUAAUUAAUGCCGUAUGCCUCAUGCUGUGGAGUAUUACUCUAUCCAGCUUUUCAUUUUUUGCUGGGUUAUCGAUGGACAGCGCGUGUACUCAGCACAACAGGAGACGUACUAUGAAUACUUGAAAAAAAAAAAAAGGAAGCACAAAAAGAGACCAAGAAUGAACUCCAGUGAUAGAAAUGGUAAGGUAAUUUGUAGAAGGAAAGAUGGAUCUUCCUUAGGCGCUUGCUUUAUUUGAGUGCACUUCAGUCUAACCUGUGGUUGUUUACUUUCAGGGCUGUUUGGAGAUUUUUAUAGUGUUUUAUUGAUGUAUAAUGAUGUGCAUUACUAUAGCAGGCUGGAUUGUCAGAAUGAACUAAGAGGUUGUUUAUGAAUGGGAAAACAGCAAUGCUAUUACUAUCCUGUGAGGAUUUCCUUCAGCUUUGAUUGACUUUUUUAAGAUUUUCUAUGCCUGCUGAAUUCAUAAAGUUGUCUUAUUUAUUAUAGAUCGAUAAGCCGUUUAGAUGUUUUUGUUUUUCUGUUCUCCUUGCCUGUGUGUUGCACAAAUGACUAUAGGCAUCUUUGAAUGGAUGGAUUUCCUCUGAGCAAUGACUGGUCAGUGAAGAUAUGUACAAAACGCAGAAAACAAACCAUAAGUUGUGCCACAGUGCUGCUUUUUUUUCUAUAAAGGGACUUCAUUCAUCUGUAAACAAGAGCUUCAGGAAGAUUUAGGAAGAUCCAAGACUAUCACCAUGUGUUGAACUCUGUUCCUCCCCACUGCUCAGAUUUGUUCAGAUAAUCUUGCAACUCUUAAGACAAACAAUUUCCGUUAACCUUAGUGAUGACCGGAGUGUUAGAUUUGGUCUUGUUCACCUUUGCCACCCGUCAUUCCUCCAUAUAUGUGUGGCAGCCUGGGUAAACACUUCACAUGCUCACAUUUUGCAUGUAGUUACCCCAAAAAGUGAAAAGAGAGAAUAUUUCUUGUAAAGAUCUCAUUCCAAUUCUACUAAAAAUCACCCUGCUCGAAAGACCUCUACAUUUAUAACUAAUCUACUUAUGGAAAACCUAUAGCAUCAUCCACAUCAGUCUCUGUUUCAUCACCUGAGGUCAACGUCACUCACGACAUUUAAACACGAGCCUCAUCGUCACCUUUUCACUCGACCGAUCUUAGGUUGAUCUCGAUAUCGCUAUGGCACGUAGCUAUGCAACUAACAGAUCAAAUCAUGAGAAAAGCACACUAGCAGGGUUUGGACAUCUUUAAGCAGACUGACUGUUUUUACCGCUGUGUUUGUUAAACUGACUCCUUACAGAGCACGAUCUUUACAGGCAGACAGCCAAGGAAGAAAGUAAAUAAAGCAUUUCCAUAUUUUUUCUUUUCUUUUUUUUGGUAAAAUACUGUAUGUUUUCCUAAGGUAGCGGUGUCAGCUGGUUUUCCCAGACCAUCACUCAUAUAGUCUUCAUCGAGGUAAACUGGUGUUUGUUUCAUUGGCAGCACAAUCAGAAUAAACAUGAGAUUAAAUUUGUUAGUGUUGUCUAACAAAAACUGCACUCAAAGUUUCUCUACUAAAACUGUAUUGAUGUGAAAUGAGUGUUGCCGAUUUUCAACCAGUGUGUUUAAGGAAUGAGUUUUAUCAUUCUUUGUGUUACAGAAGAGAGACAAAGUAUUGUAACUGCGUUGUACAUUCUAAAUGAAAUAGAAAAACUUUAUUUGCUAUACACUGUUCUUUGGUUUAGUGAUGGAUCUGGUAUGUAUUUGAGUCUUGCUGUGUUCUGAUUAAUCACUGAAUCACUCUGUCUUCAUGUGAGGACCGAAGUAUUGCUGCUUUUUUCCACAAUGUCUGCUGAAGUAUUUGGCCUUUUUUUUUUUGCGCAGACACUUUUUAUACAGAAUACUUAAAUGUUUGAGGAGUAAAUUAACCAGCAAAAGUGUUACUGUGCUAACAGUAAUCUGCGCCUUUGCUUUUGAUAAGCUCAAGCUUGCUUCCAGUGUCAAAACCACUUUUUUUUAAAGAAAAUCAGAAUGUAAUUGUUGGUGUUAUUGAUAUGAUUUACGAUUAUUCAAUCAGCAUUAAAGAGCAACAAGUUUGAUUAUUUAAGUA